CAGAAAAGAAAAAUCCCCAAACCAUCUUCGAUCACAGGUUUAGGGUUUUUUUGUAAAUCAAUCAACAAGUUUUUCAGGGUUUAAGCCCCCAAAAUCUGUAAAACCUUCAUUCAGUCCUGGUUAGCUCGUCUCAACCCAAAUCCUGCCGCGUUCACCAAGCCUUCUUCCUUCACACUUCUCACCGGCGGCAGCAAGAGUUAAUAGGCUCAAAUGAGGUUUGCCAAGCAAAAGCGGCACCGCAAAGCUGUGCGAUUUUUCACGGCUUGCUUCGGAUUCCGGGAGCCGUUCAAAAUCCUGUGCGACGGGACCUUCGUGCACCAUCUUAUAGCAAACGGGAUUGCCCCCGCUGAUACUGCAUUGAUGAAUAUCCUUGGCGCCCCCGUCAAACUAUUCACUACCAGAUGUGCUGUUGCGGAGUUGAAAAGCCUCGGUAGCUCUUACUCUGAUUCGGUCGAUGCUGCGCGUAGCCUGAUGAUUGCAAGAUGCGAUCAUGAAAAUCGGAAAAGCGCCGUAGCAUGCAUAACAGAAGUUAUUGGAGAAAAAAACACCGAGCAUUUCUUUGUCGCCACGCAGGAUGCAGAGCUGAGGAAAAAAUUCCAACAGAUUCCAGGUGUGCCGCUAGUUUAUGCUCUCAGAAAUGCUCUCUUUCUUGAGCGCCCAUCAGCUUUUCAACAAGAGUUCGCAAAGGCUGCUGAAGAGGAACGGUCGCGUAUGACUGACCUGGAGUGGAAGAUGCUAAAGUUAAAGAAGAAAAGGGUAGCUAAUGAUGAAGAAAGGGAUUCUUCUGAAACAGAAGAUCAGAUCUUAGAGACACUGAGUCCCAGGACAAAUGUUAAGAUGACUAGAAUAGAUAAAGCUGAUAAAGCUCAAGUCAAGCGGAAGAAGAGAGCUAAGGGCCCAAAUCCUCUCUCAUGCAAGAAGAAACAGAAACAAGGGAAUACAGAUACUGCUUCCGAAAAGGUCCAUCUAAAAUGCAUAUAGUUCUCUUUGCAUGCUGAUAUCAACUGGGAAAUAUAAUUAUAACAAUGCUGUGCUGAACCUAAAAUGUGAAUAACCGGCAGUUGCCUUGAACCACUUGCAUGAAGGGUGAACGUUAUUCAGGGAGUUUGGAAAUGCCAAUUCAUAUUGUUGAUUUCACUUGAGUGCAAUCAGUUUCUGCAGAUAAAUAAUUCCCCAUAAAUAUAUUUGCAUGUGUUCUUGCUUGAGAUUAGGUUAUGAACUUAUGAUGCUUCCGUCAAUCUUAUUCACUCCUGAUUCUUUGUCACUGAUCAGACGAGAAGUCAAGGUCGGUCGCAGGAAGGAGAUGGUGAAAACAGCACAAGAAACAGGAAACGCAAAAGAUCGAGGAAAAGCAAGACUUCCAUUGUCUCGUGAUGCAUAUUGGAUUUCGAUAGCUAAUAGUUUUCAACUUGUACCAAAGUUUGUAUUUUCAUUGAUCCCAAGUUUUGCAGAGAUAUGUUACGAUACAAUGCAGAUGAAAUGAAAUUAUCUUCUUUUUAAUCAA